CGGCAGAGCCGGCUGGCAGCUGUGCCGCGCCCGGUGCGGAGCGCCGGCUCCAGGCCAUGUGGUCGGGGAACCGCAGCGGCGGCGCGAGUAGCUGGGAGGGCGGCGGGGCGGCGGGCGGCGGGAGCCCGGGGCCGGCGGGGCCUCUGAGCCGCGCGCCGCCCUUCAGCCCGGGCACCUACGAGCGCCUGGCGCUGCUGCUGGGCGGAGUGGGGCUGCUGGGCGCCGGCGGCAACUUGCUGGUGCUCAUCCUCUACUCCAAGGCGCGGCGGCUCCGCACGCCCACCCACCUCCUCCUGGUCAACAUCAGCCUCAGCGACCUGCUGGUGUCCCUCCUCGGGGUCACCUUCGCCUUCGUGUCCUGCCUGCGGAACGGCUGGGUGUGGGACUCUGCGGGCUGCGCGUGGGACGGGUUCAGCAGGAACCUUUUUGGCAUUGUCUCCAUUGCCACCCUAACUGUGCUGGCCUAUGAACGCUAUGUCCGCGUGGUCCGUGCCCGAGCGGUCAGUUUUCCCUGGGCCUGGCGAGCCGUUACCUACAUCUGGCUGUACUCCUUGGCGUGGUCAGGGGCGCCUCUCCUGGGCUGGAACAGGUACAUCCUGGACAUACACGGACUAGGCUGCGCCGUGGACUGGAAAUCCAAGGACGCCAACGAUGCCUCCUUUGUGCUUUUCUUACUUCUUGGCUGCCUGGUGGCACCUGUGGGCAUCAUGACACAUUGCUAUGGCCAUAUUCUGUAUUCUGUUCGAAGGCUUCGUUGUGUUGAGGAUCUUCAGACAAUUCAAGUGAUCAAGAUUUUAAAAUAUGAAAAAAAAGUGGCCAAAAUGUGCUUUUUAAUGAUAUUCACCUUUCUGACCUUUUGGAUGCCUUAUAUUGUGACCUGUUUUUUGGUGGUUAAUGGUUAUGGACACCUGGUCACUCCAACAGUAUCUGUGAUUUCCUAUCUCUUUGCUAAAUCAAGUAGUGUAUAUAAUCCCAUUAUUUAUUUCUUCAUGAUCAGAAAGUUUCGAAGGUCCCUUUUGCAGCUGCUGUGUUUCCGGCUGCUGAGGUGCCAGAGGCCUGUAGAAGACCCACCAGCUGGGAGUGAAAUGCGGACCAGGCCCAUUGUGAUGUCACAGAAAGACGGGGACAGGCCAAAGAAAAAAGUGACUUUCAACUCUUCUUCCAUCAUUUUCAUCAUCACCACUGAUGAAUCACUCUCUGCCGAGGACAGUGACAAAACCAGGGGGUCAAAAGUUGAUGUAAUCCAAGUUCGUCCUUUAUAAGAAUGAAUAGUGGUAGUGAAAGAUGAGCCUUAUGUUGGACACCAAUUUUAGAUUUCCGAUAUAUGGACUCUGGGAAUCCAUUCUAUGUAAUAGCAACAGGGCUUUUGUAGCCCAGCAGGAAAUUGUAAUUGCCCCCAUGCUUGCCAGCCUCCGGGAGCAGUUGAACAAGACAAAUUCUUUUCAUUCGAUGGGUGCUUUUACACAAUGAAAACCCUCUCGUGGCACAAGAUGGGCACCUGGCACCACCAACUUCUCACAUGUUGGAAAUUUUCAUUUCAAGUAUCUUUUCGGAAUGACAGUAUUUUCCAAGGCACAUAACACAUUUUUCUCAAAAAUACUGACCUGAAAAAAUACCUUUGUCUCACAUGUGUGCGAAAUAGCUGGAAAACUUUGAAGUUUUUUAUAGUGUUGGGUCCUGUUCAGUGUCCUGUCCUAUAUUUGACCCAGUCAAGUUUGUCAGAGACAAUUCUAGGAUGAAGAAGAAAAUCAUCCUCUUCACUUUAUCUGAAAUAAAAGACUAUUGUAUGUGUGCAAUAUGGUAAGAGGAGCUUCAGAUGAAUGUGCUGCUGGGCCAGUCUCUAGCAGGUAAAGAAAACAGGAUGGCAAAUUUCAAGGAAAUGAUGGGGUAUAGGUAAUCAUACCCAAGUAGAGGAUGUACGUGGAGAAGAUGGUGUUGAUGGCAACUCCAUUUACUUCAUUUCAAAUAUAACAUGGCAGGAUUAUCCUCUCCUUUUAGUAAUUUCCCACAAUUUUGCCAAGAGUUCUAGAUUUAGAAAAGAAUUCCAAGCAAUGAACUGAACAAACCUAUAUUUGAAGGGGGGUAAAAAUUAAGCAGAAUUGUACUCAUCAAAUGUAUUAUUUAAUCUUUAUCCCCCUUCCACAAUCCAUCAGAUAAUUGAUAGUGUUAGUGAAGAGGCCAGUUUUCCAUGAGCCAUUUCCACGAGUUUAGACUAAAUUCAGAUUAUGAGAACUCAAGGAUUUCUUUGACAAUAUACAAAAAAAACCAGUGAAUCAUUUUUUUAAUUAGAUGACUGUCCUGCUAAUGUUGCAUCUUCAUAAUUAAUCAUGUUUGAAAGACUUGUAAAUAAUUUGAUCAGCCUAUUGAAGAAAGAAGAACCAAACAAAACAUUUUCACUAGUGAAAACAAGUUUCACUAAGUAAACUUAAAAAACCAAGUUAUUGGUCAUUCUGUUAUACAGCAUGGGGUUCAAGGAUAAGUUAGUAAAUUGCUUUUGAGAGUCUGAAAUGGACUAAAAUAUGGCUUCAUGUGUCCCUGAAAACUGUUUCCCCUUGUUUCUUUUCCACAUUUGUAUAUAGAGCUAUUUCAUUGAUAAAUAAAACGCUUCCUAUCCU